AGCAAAGUUGGUGAGCUAAACCCGAAAUCAUUUGUCUCUUCAUCUUCAAUUUCUUCUUCUACUUCUUCUUCUUCUUCUUACACAAAACACAAUCUUCAUUCAAAUUCAAUUCUCACACUAAAAAAUCUCUGGCUGAAACACCACCAACAACUAACACUUUCUCUUUGCAUUUGACUCAUGGCUGAAGUGCCACCUUCACCACAAGAAGUCCACAUAAGGGUCAACUCUAAGAGAACCAGCAGCAACAGCAACAACAAUACGGUGCACCCAGUGGAGGUAGCACCACCUGCACCUGCACCUGCACCUGCACCAGCACCAGCACCAGCUGGAUCAUUCAUUGAGGUGAAGCAUUACAAGAAGUGGUUCCCAUGGUUGAUACCUUUGUUCGUUGUUGCAAACACCUUUGUGUUCGUUAUCACCAUGUAUGUCAAUAACUGCCCCAAGAAUUCUGCUUCUUGCAUUGCCACCUUCUUGGGCCGCUUCUCCUUUCAGCCUUUCAAAGAGAAUCCCCUCUUGGGACCUUCAUCAUUGACGCUUCAGAAGAUGGGGGCUCUUGAUGUGGAUAGAGUGGUUCAUAGACACCAGGGUUGGCGCCUCAUCACUUGUAUGUGGCUUCAUGGUGGUGUUUUCCAUCUAUUGGCAAACAUGUUGGGUAUUCUAAUCAUUGGCAUUCGGCUUGAGCAGGAAUUUGGAUUCGUGCUUGUUGGGUUGCUAUUUGUCAUUUCUGGAUUCGGGGGGAGCUUGCUUUCUGCACUUUUCAUUCAGUCAAACAUCUCUGUUGGCGCUUCCGGUGCACUUUUUGGUUUGCUAGGAGGCAUGCUUUCAGAACUCAUUACUAACUGGUCUAUAUAUGAUAAUAAGCUAGCAGCACUCUUCACCCUUGUUGUCAUCAUUGUCGUCAACCUAGCAGUGGGGAUUCUCCCACAUGUGGACAAUUUUGCCCAUAUUGGCGGCUUUCUCACCGGAUUUCUUCUCGGAUUUGUGUUUUUGAUACGCCCACAGUUCGGGUGGGUUAACCAAAGAUAUGCUCCGAUACAAUAUUCUCCAGGACGAAGUAAGCCUAAAUUCAAGAAGUAUCAAUGCAUAUUAUGGGUCCUUUCACUGGUCAUCAUAAUUGCUGGACUUUCUGUUGGCCUGGUUGCACUUCUUCAUGGUGUUGAUGCAAAUGAUCACUGCUCCUGGUGCCAUUAUCUGUCUUGUGUCCCAACUUCAAAAUGGAGCUGCAACACAAAGGCUGCAUCUUGUUCGACAACCCAGCUCGGCAACCAGCUGAACGUAACAUGCUCGAGCAACGGUAAGUCCGGCGUAUACUACAUGCAAAAUCCAACAGAUUCCAAGAUCCAACAAUUGUGUACUCAGCUUUGUAGUUAGAGGUUUCGAGAAGAAAUGGCUGAUGGUAGGAGAAAUAUUCUUUUCUUCAGAUUAGUGUUUCGGUUCUCAUGAGAUAACAAUACUAUUCACUCAUACUUGAUUUGUUUCUCUCUUUUUGUGUACAUAAUACUUGUUGAUUUGCAUUCUUUGCCCCACCUAUUGUAUUCUCAGGAUCAUUUGUAUUAUAUAUUGAAUGGAAAAGAAAAAAGGGAUCCAAACUGUUUGAUGUA